AACACAUCUCCACUAUAACUCAAAACUAUUUUACAAUACUUUGGAUAAUUUACAGCUCUCUUAUCUAAAGAAGAAGACAUUGCUCUCUUAAUUACGUCUCUCUUCUCAAUAACUCUGCUCUAAAUUGAAAAGUUACAUAAUCAAUCUAGCCAUCACAAAGUAACACCCAAGGUCGCUUAAUAAUUUGUAAUAAUUUAGUUCUCUAUUCUAUUGGUAAAAUACGUGAAAGUCGUGUUAUUUAAGACAGUGUGAUGUCUAUUUUGAGCGAAGGGUGUAUUUUUGCCCUGGGAAACCCUCUUCUGGAUAUUUCGGCUGAGGUGACGCCUGAGUUUCUGGAGAAGUAUGGACUGAAGCCGAACAAUGCUAUUCUGGCGGGGGAGCAACAGCUUCCCAUGUACCAAGAGAUGGUGGACAAGUUCGAACAUAUUUUCAUCCCGGGUGGGGCAACCUUGAACUCAAUCAGAUAUUGCGAGUGGCUGAUUGGUGAUAAGUACCCUGAAGCGUGUACUUUUGUUGGUUGUGUGGGAACAGACGCGUAUGCCUCCACUCUGAAGGAUCUGUGUGUGAAUGAUGGAGUGAAUGUGCAAUUCUAUCAAGUGGACACCCACCCCACUGGAACAUGUGCAGUCUGCAUCACUGGUCACGACAGGUCUUUGGUGGCGAAUCUGGCAGCUGCUGACUGCUACAAUAAAGACGCACACUUGAAGAGUGACAAGAUCUGGAGUUUAGUGGAGAAGGCCAAGAUAUUCUACAGUGCCGGCUUCCCCUUGACUGUCACUCCUGACGGGAUGCUUGCACUGGCCGAACAUGCAUGUGUAACCGACAAAAUCUACUGCCUCAACUUGUCCGCAGAAUUCAUCUGCCAGUUCUUCCAGGAGCCCAUGUCCAAACUUCUACCUUACACUGACUACCUCUUUGGAAACGAAACGGAAGCCGCAAAGUUCUCGGAAGCCAACGGAGGUCCAAAAGGUAAAGACACCCACGAGAUCGCCAAAUGGGCUAGCUCUCUCCCGAAGUCAAACAAAAACCGAAACCGAUUUGUAGUUUUCACUCAGGGCUUGGACCCAGUUAUUGUAGCUUCGAAUGGGGAAGUCAUUCUCGAGGUAGAAGUAGCCAAACUAUCUAAGGAGAGAAUUGUAGAUACAAAUAGUGCUGGAGAUUCAUUUGUCGGUGGCUUCAUUGCGGGUUUAGCGCAGGGUUUUGAACUAUCCCAAUGCGUUAAAUUGGGUCAAGCAGCCUCAAAAUAUUGCAUCCAGAAACCGGGAAGUGUGUUUGAAAAACAAGACAGAUGUUCAAUACUCUCUGACGCUGGAAUAAGUGCCUAAACUUUUGAAAACUUCUGAUUGAUUAUUCAUAACUUGUAAAUGGCAACUUUAAUUUUUGAUGUUGUGAUGUAUAGACCCAAAAUGAAAGAGCAACACGUUCUUGAGAUAAAAACUAUUGAUUAUGAGGGAGUAUUUGAUGUCGCUAUGGAAGAAAUAUACUUUUGGACAUAAAGACAUAAAUAUUUUGGUGCAAUUAUUUGUAUAGAAUUCUAUCAAUAAAAUAUUCAAGCUUUGG